CUUACGUUGUUUACGACUGCUGGUGUUCAACAGACCAUUACAGCCCAUUAUUAGCUGUUGUGCUUUUGCAAACAUAUAUUGAGCAUUAGUGUGCAUUUGCUGGAAAAAAGUAGAAUAGAAAGUUUCUGCACAAUUAAGGAAGCAGUUAUGUCAUAGUGAAAAGAGUCACUGUCAAGUCUCCUCCACUGGGGAGGAGAGGAUUUCUCAGAGAUGGCAACUGAACUCCAUGAGACUAUUUGCAUGGCCAAGCAGGAGCGCCACAAAAAUCUCUUUCUUAACUACAGAAACCUGAAUAUUUUCCCUGUAGAACUGCUGAAGGAUGAAGGCCUGCAGUUUCUGGAGAGACUGUACAUGAAGAGGAACUCACUCACAACACUGCCUGACAAUCUUGCUCAGAAGCUCCCAAAUCUCAUUGAACUGUAUUUGCACUCAAACAACAUAGUCAUUAUUCCUGAAGCUAUUGGAAACCUGGCCAGACUGCAGUCAUUGGACCUGAGCAAUAACGCCCUCCAGUUCCUUUGUCCAGAGAUUGGACGACUGAGGUCUCUACGGCACCUGAGACUGUCCAAUAACCAGCUGAAAUGCCUUCCUCCAGAGAUCGGUGAUCUGCAGGACCUGGAGACUCUGGACGUGUCAAUGAACCAGCUGAUGUCGCUACCUGACCGGCUGCGCCGCUGUGUCUCUUUGCAGAAUCUGACGGCCGAUCACAACUCGUUGAGCCACGUUCCCCGGCAGCUCUGCUGGCUCCACCGCCUCAACCAACUCUCCAUGGCUGCUAACAGGCUGACCUUUCUACCGCUCGAUCUGGGCAGAUCACGAGAGCUGCAGUUUGUGUUUGUGGACAACAAUGGGGAUCUGAAAGGCCUCCCCUCGUACCUGUACAACAAGGUCAUCGGCUGCAGCGGGUGCGGUGUGUCAGCCCAGGUGUUGGAGGGUGACAUUGGUGAGGCACUGGGUGAAGCACUGAGUGAGGCCCUGGUCGGGCUUCCAGCUGAAGUGAAGGUGGUGGGCUCAGAGACGGAUAACGUGAUCCCUCUGGAGGAGAUCGCCUUGAGGACCCUGCACCGCAUGUACCACCACCACCCAUCCGACCUCAACUUGCUGCCUCCCAUCAGCCUCCCAAAGAGCCUGCUGGACCUGCUGCAGUUCCCCCUGGGACACUGCCACCGAUGUAGCCAAGCCAUGUUCACCAUCAUCUACCCCAAACUCUUCCCCCUCCGCGACACUGCACUGGCUGGAGUGCAUCGCAGGACGACUGUGAGUUUUGUGGCCUAUUGCUGCUCCAGCCGCUGCCUCCGGACCUUUGACCUCCAGUGAUGACGUCGCUUUCAUUCGCUCAGGAGCUACUGAGUGGUUUCCAGAAGGUGGCAGAUAACGGCUUGUAAUUUGUGUGGACCCUGAGCAUCUCAGAGCUCUGUGCUUGACUGACAAUACUGAGAAGCACAGAGAAGGAGCCUGUGUGGAUGUAUGAAGGUCAGAUGACGGACACACGGCUCGUUCAGCAACGUUUCAACACACUUAAGUCAAAACCUCAAACCUACAUGAUGUCCCUGAAUCCAACCAACUGGGUGGAUUGUAUUCCUCUGUGUAUGGUGGGUUUAAAUAAUAACUACAGUGUGUGAACAGCGAACUAACAGUAUUAGACCUGAAGUACUCACUAAUGGGCACUUUUAAAACAAGCACUGUUUGAUUUUUGUGAAAUCAGCAAUUUCUCACACAGAGGUGUAUUGCAGCAGACAUCCCAUUGACUGUGUAGUCAUAUUUGAGGUAUUAACAUUUUCUAGUACAGUUUGUUAAACUGAUUACUGAAGAAAAAUUGAAGGAUUAAAAGAAUGUAUAUCUAUUUUGUGUAUACAUUUUCAGCAGCAGGCACAGGCACCUGUUAGAUAAUUAUUAUGAAGCUAUUUAUACCAUCUCCAUACCAGUCAGUAAAACAAGCCAAGGAUUCGUCUCACGUAUUUGUCAAAAAGGUAACAGAGUUUUGUCAGAGUUUGUACUAUCAUAUUGGACACAGGUAUCCAUUUUGGAAAUUUGACUGAUUUUGGAGCAGAAUUUAAUACGUAACAUGUUUAAAACUAAUAUUUUUAUCUUUAAAUGAGUGUUAAUGCACUAUGAGUGAAAUUAGCAAACAGCCAAAAAUGAGUAAACCUUUUGCAACAGUUUUAGCAUCUGCAGGACCGUUCAGUUUAGGUCAAAGGUUUCUGUCAUCAUCAAGGUUUGUACACAUCAGAGGCACGGUGUGAUUCUUAUGUUAAACUGAUGCUGUGCUUGAUGUUCAUUACUAUGUUGUGCACUUAUUAUUUAUCAUUUGAUUGUGCAGCAUUUGGCAGUAAAUGUUGACUGAUCUCAAAAA